UGAAAGAUAACGUCGCCACGACAGCCGCGUCGAUCCACGUGAUGACAACGCAUGCCAAUGUACCCUUUCUGAAUGGUAUGUUCGCACAUGGGACGACGCGUGUCGUUGGAAAUGACACGUCGUGACGCCUGCCACUGCGUCCAAGGACAGAGUUCGGUUGUGCUGCCUGAACUCUUGUACGCGGCAUGUGCCGCAUUCAAGACAGCCAAUCGCCACUCCUCCAAGCGAUGCAGCACAAGCGUGCCCGAAAGCCCAAGCCGGCCGUGGUGCCACCGCGCCUGCAGCAGCCGACGACUGGCAGCGCGCCGCUAGCGUCUGACUACGAGGCCAUUGCGCCCUAUUUGAACCAAGGCACCUGCCGCUAUUUUGUCCUCAAGACAUUCAGCGAAGCCGACGUGCACAAGAGCAUCAAGUAUGGCAUCUGGACGAGCACGUACAUUAGCAACCACUUCCUCGACGCGGCCUUUGGCCGGGAUCUCUCGUGCAUGCGCCCGAUCCUCUUCUUCUUCAGUGUCUGUGGCAGCAAGCACUUUUGCGGCAUUGCGCGCAUGACGUCGGGCCUCAACAGCGACCGCAAUUUCUUGCUCUGGGAAAAAACCAAGUACGAAGGCUACUUCAACAUCGAGUGGCUCGUCGUCAAGGACGUGCCCAACCACGCGCUCAAGACGAUCGUGCUCCCGACCGACGGCAAAAACAUCACGUCGGUGCGCGACUGCGACGAAAUCCCGUUCAACGAGGCGUCCGAGUUUCUGCAGCGCUUUGUCGCCCACGACGGGGCCACGAGUCUCUUGGAAGACAUGGAGCACUACGACACGCUCCAGCGCGCCCUGGAAAUCAAGCGUGGCUUGAGCAACGUCCCGCCGACAGCCGACGUCGACGACUUCUUGACGCCCGCGAUUGCGACCGAGGUGCGAAGGCGCCGCACUUCAUCGUGUUAACUGCAACGUACCUACAUUGGCACGGACUGCCGUCUUUAUCUCGUUGCAAGCAUAUCUCUAAUUCGAGCUACACCCGCCACGGAUCACUAGCCUUUGC